AUGCAAUUACAAAGUCAAGGGAUUACCGAUGGACGUCUGAGGUAUAACGCAGAUGGAAAGAUCUUGGUGGAGAACUUGUCGACAGAGAUUUUACUGUCUGAAGUCUCUUCGUCAUACGGUGAGAAUUCCAAAGGCAAAACAAGCUUUGAUCAUCACAAGGCAAUGUUUGGCCUCUUGGCCAUGAUAAGAACAAUCGCCAGCCUGUACAAGUAUGGAAGCUUUGAAACGUUCUCAAAACUAAAGCUCCAUUUUGUCCAUAUACACGGCCAAGGAAUUCGUCACUGGACGAUCUCAACACCUGUUCCUGGCGUAUACGUGAUGAACAAGGAGCAGCGUGUUGAUAUCAUUGAUGAAUUUCACAAGAAGAACAAUACUGUGCGCUUUGUGACCUUCACUCUUACGCUGGCUAGUGCAUUGGAAGAAACAAUGGGUGUGCUGGAUGCCUUGAAAGAUGAGCAUGCUGAGAAAGAGAGAGACUGGCGAUUUGAAAAAAACGUCUCUUGCUCCUCGCUACUUGAGCUUGUAUGCCCUCAAAUUGUCCGGCUAAACGAGAAUAAGCACAUGGUACAGAUUGCUGAUGACGGGCCAAAAUCGCCAGUUUAUAUUUUAAAUGCAUAA